GUUGAAGUCACGCCCAAUGCGGAAGUGAAUGCUACCUGAGCAGUCGCCCAAACAUUCUAAUCGAAACCGACGCUUUCCCAGCGUCUGAAGAGGAACUGACAUAGCUCCAUCAUGCUUGGUGGAGGGUUUAAAUCCGAGAGACUUCGGGUCAAUCUCAGGCUGGUCAUAAACCGCCUCAAACUUCUCGAGAAGAAGAAAACUGAAUUAGCCCAGAAGGCUCGCAAGGAAAUCGCAGACUACUUGUCGGCCGGCAAAGAUGAGCGUGCAAGAAUCAGAGUCGAGCACAUCAUCAGGGAGGAUUAUUUGGUGGAGGCCAUGGAGAUCCUGGAGUUAUACUGUGAUUUGCUGCUCACCCGCUUUGGCUUAAUACAGUCCAUGAAAGAACUGGACCCUGGCCUACAAGAAGCAGUGUCCACUCUCAUCUGGGCUGCCCCUCGACUGCAAUCAGAAGUGGCAGAACUGAAGAUUGUUUCAGAUCAGCUGUGUGCCAAAUACAGCAAAGAGUAUGGAAAGCUAUGCAGGACAAAUCAGAUUGGAACAGUUAAUGAUAGGCCAGAGGUGUGUCCGGGUGAAGAGGCCCAUCUGAUUGAUGUGGACAGCGACUUCAAGAAGCCAGGAGCUGGUGGAGGAGGUGGAGGAGGGUUUAUGGCUCCCGCUGUGGGCAUGCCUAUGCCAAUGCCCAUGCCCAUGCCCACAGCUUUCAACUACCCACCGCCCAAAGGAGCUGAGCCCUUUAAUGGUUCUGUUGGCACCUAUGAUGGCUUUAGCAACUUCCAGCCUCCAGUGAGAGGAGGGCAGCCCCCACAGCUGCCCAGCUGCCCACCCACCUAUGAAUCUAUCGAUGAGUUGUCUGUCAAACCCUCUAAUUCUUCCCAGGUCAUCCCAGGCCCAGCCCCGUCUGCUCAGUUCUAUGACAAUUCUACCCUUCCUGAACUUCCGUCUGUUCCCGACACACUCCCAGCCUCCUCCUUCGGAGCGAACGCCAACACAUCAGACGACAUUGACUUUGACGACCUGUCACGGCGCUUUGAAGAGCUCAAGAAGAAGACCUAAUUACAGAGAGCACAUCUGGGAGUCGGAACAUCCGUCUCAGCUGCCACAUGAGAAUAAUCCAACGUACCCUGUCCAUAUUCACAUACUCACAGGUCUUCUGGUGGAGGUGUAAUAUAAUACUUGUUACUUAACACAAUGAAGGAUCGGAUGCUGUAUAGACACUUGUGAAUGGCAGUGGCAGACAUUUAUACGCUCAUUUUAGACUUUCACGUAACAUGGACUGUUGACAAAUCGCCUGCUCUUUGAAUGAGCACUUUGCUUAGAGGGCCUUGCUGACAGCUAAAUUUAGUUAAUCAUCUGUAGUGUAAUAAUCUCUGCGCCUUGUAUGACCACCUGAGAUGUCUAUUGAAUAUUUAUAUUGUAGAUUUUGUUAACUUUCCCCCUUUAAAAAAACAAUGUCUAAGUUUUUCCCCAGCAAAUCAGAAAUCUCUAUGACUCCUCUAGGAAAAAGCAGGUAUAACCUGUUGCCAUUAUUUACACCCAGAGUUGUGCAAUGAACUAUGAACCUGCAAACAACUGUAUGAUGUCGUGGAUUGUUAGUGGAUCACAAUGUUUGUGCAAAAUGACUCUGGCUUUUUGUUAUUGACAGAAUGCGUUGUGAUGGGAUGGUUUGGUGAGCUGAGCACAGAAUUGAAGAAAUGAUUGCUUUAUUUCAGCCUCUCAUUUAACAAAUCAUCUCUGUGUCCUAAAGUUAAGCAUUUCCCACUUUUUCUUUUAAUGUAGUUACUCCUGUCAGCCGUCUUAACUUGACUCAAAAUGAAAGGCUUUGUAUUUUUGUCUACAGUUAAUAACACUCCUGUUUCUAGUCCUGUCUUUGUGUGUUUCUGGACUGAAUUUGCCUUAGUUUCCACAUCUCAAGCUGUGUGGCCUUGCUGUUCCACACCUUUCUCUGGGAAAUGUGACUUUCCUGACAGCUUGUACCAUGAACUCCACAUUUGAAUAAGUAUUUACAUGCUUAUUCCUUUCUUGGUGGGGGUUUUUAUCAUAUAUCAUCGACUUAUUUGUUGCAAGAUUUGACUGUUUAAAGUGUCAAUGUCUCAAGUGUUGAAAGUGUUGUUUUGGCUGCUUUCUACUUGGUUUUAUAACACUAAUUUGUGUUUUCUCUUCUCAAAUCACCCAAAUACAAAUCUGGCAGUGUUUAGGUAUGUUUGAUACUGACUUUAGCUUGCAUUGAAAACAUAUCUGAUGCCAUGUAAUAAAGUCUAUUUGCUCAUAACAUA